UACCUGCGGCGCAUGGACGUCUUCACGGAGGCCGAGCUGCGCAUCAAGUUCCUGCAGGCGCGGGACGCCUGGCUGCGCUCCAUCCAGGCCUCCAUCCCGGACGAGGACCCCUAUUUCCACAUCACCAAGACCAUCGAGGCCUGCCGCGUGCACCUCUUCGACAUCGUCACGCAGUACCGCGCCAUCUUCUCCGACGAGGAGCCGCUGCUGCCUGCCGAUGAGCAGCCCCUCCACGAGGGCGCCAUCUUCCACGGCUGGGGGCUCUCCGAGUUCCGGCGGGUGCUGGAGGGCGACCUGCAGCGCGGCGUGGGCGGCCGCCUCGACUCGCUGCUGGGGCAGUGCAUGUACUUUGGCCUCUCCUUCAGCAGGGUGGGCGCUGACUUCCGCGGGCAGCUGGCCCCCAUCUUCCAGCGCGUCGCUCUCGGCGCUUUCCGGAAGGCGGUCGAGGAGGCCGUGGAGAAAUUCCAGGAGGAGAUGAAUUCCUACACGCUCAUCUCCGCCCCGGCCGUGCUGGGCAGCAGCGUCGCGGCGGCGGUGCCCGCGGCGCAGCCGGGCUCCCUGCAGCCGCCCAUGGUGCUGCUGGACUUCCCGCCCCUCGCCUGCUUCCUCAACAACCUCCUCGUCGCCUUCAACGACCUGCGGCUCUGCUGCCCCGUGGCCCUGGCCCAGGACGUCACCGCCUGCCUGGAGGAUGCGCUCGGCCAGGUGACCAAAAUCAUCCUGGCCUUUCACCGUGCGGAGGAGGCCGCCUUCAGCGGGCGCGAGCAGGAGCUCUUUGUGCAGUUCUGCACCGUGUUCCUGGAAGAUCUGCUCCCCUACCUCAACCGCUGCCUCCAGCUGCUCUUCCCGCCGGCCCAGAUCGCGCAGGCGCUGGGGAACCCAAGUGCUGGCUGA